UUUAAAUCGAGGCAUUUGCCGAUAUUGCUAUUUCGGCAUUUUCUUAAGACGUUUAUACCGGUUAAUAGCCCCGCAUGGUGCAGGAGGCCCUGGCAAUAGAGAAGGCCCGGGCGUCCCAGAUUGCUGCCAUGCCUGCCCCUUCCUGACCCAGUGGCCAAUGUCAUCUGGCCCAAACCUAAGCCAGUUAAGGUGACAGAUAUGCACACAUUUUCCACCAGCCAUUACCAUCUGCAGAAUGAACAUGCAGUGGACAGGGCGGAGCCAAAUGAACAGCAGAGCAGUGCCCGUGAAGCCGCUGAAAUGGAACAAGAACGGAUCCGGGAGCGAGCGCUGGAACUGAAGAGACUUCGGCAGGAUCAACUGGAGCUAGCAAGACUGAGCCACAACGCCGCGCUUGAGAAAGAGUUAUUGACACAUGACUAUGACAAUAUCCUCCAUGAUCUGAGUGACCUUCAGCGUUCAGACAGAGAGCGAAGACUGAAAAUCGUGCACAAUAUACCAAAACAAGUGUUUGAGCCGCCCCACAUACGUAUGGAGGACCGGGAGGAAAGGCAGCGCAACCUGGAGAAGCAGUUUGAGGACAUGUACAUGGCCGGUACCCGGCGCCUAGGAGACGUGAGCAUGGCUCUCGAGUCAGGACCUUUGAUUCCAAGUCAGGAGAACUCACUGGAUGUAACGGGCCAGGACGGGAUGGGAAACGACGAGACUAGGACGCAGAUAAGGGAGCCAACCCUGCCUGGAAUGCCCUCUGUGCUGCAGGACAUGACCAAUGUGCCAAAACAACGGAAACAGCCGGAGAAGGUGCUGCGUAGCCUCAUGGACCGUAUCAAGUCACAGCGUGAGGAGUGGGUGAACACCCGCUCCCUGGGUGAGGUGGGAGAGAGCCCUGCGUACCCGACCUUGAACCAGGCUGGGGAAAAUCAGUCAUCUGCUAUUAAUGGGGAUGGCGACUUUCACCCCUUAUUGCCUGAAGAGUCCCCAGAGAAGCAGCGAAGAGUUCACUCCCCUGUUGCUACAGACAACGGAGGCAGUAGGAAAAUUGCACCUCCCAAAGGAGAGCAGACAAGGGAGAGAAUCACGGCCAUGCCUCCAGAUGAAUUCUCAGACAAACUCUGGGCUACCAAUCAGCAACAGCAAACAAAUGUGCAGUUUUAUCCUGAGCCCACUCAGAUGCCCAGCAUGCCCUCUCAGCUGCAGCAGAUAGAGUAUGCAGAGAUAUGCAAGCAGCAGGACAUUAUCUUAGAGCAGAAGCGCCAGUUGGAACUUCAGCUCCAGAAGUUGACCUAUGAGCAGCAGAAGCUGCAGCUUGCCAACCAGGCAGGUACCCAGCAGACACCACCACCACCAUCAUCAUACGCUGUAUCGGCACCAGGGUCCGUUGCCAUGACGAUGCCAACAUUGUUGUCUGCUGCUUUGCAAAUGGCUGCACCAGGGUCUUACGCUACAUCAAUGCCAACAUCUGCACCAGUUUCCAUGGCUGCACCUGUCUCCGAGACUCGCAUGCCCACAGCUCCCGCAUUUGAACCCCAGACUUCACAACCCUAUGUUCAGACUUUCCAGCACUGGCAAGGUGCUCAGCCGAUUGGUUUUGAAUCAUUGCAAAAUGGACACAUGCCAGUGUCCGGAUAUUUUUCUAUGCCCCAGCCACACUCUUUCCCGCAGCAGGCGUCACAAUUUCAGGGUCAAUAUCAAGGUCACCAUGGUGUUGCCAUGCAACCUGGCCUGCAUCAGAACUUGAAUGGGAGUUUGUCAUCCUCUGGUAUGUCACAGAAUCCGAUGCACUCCAUACCUCCCACUCCCGCUACAGGGAGUGCUCCAAUAAACACUUCUCAAGGUCAAGGGGUCAAUUCUUAUCUAGCGGUACUGACAACUGACCAGCUUGCCACUUCUUCUAGUCAGAUGUACCCUGUCUCUGCUCAAAAUGGCUACCACUAUGGGGCACCAGUUGCUACAACCAGUUUAUUUGCCCCAGUUUCCACGGCAAUGUCUCUUCAAGGUCACACUGCAGUGUCACCAGGUCACAUUCCACCGAGUUCUCUAACAAAUGCGGGGAUGAGUGAGCAGAUGAGAAAAGUGAAGGAAUACCAAGAGUACUUGCUAGCUAGACACGAGCAAAGUAAAAAGGUCCUUGAUGAAACGAAAGCAGAAAUCAAGCGCAGACGCGAUAACUUGCUCGAGAGGUAUCCAAACUUGGAUUUGACAAGACUGGAAGGCCUAGGAGCAAAGUACUUGGAGAACGGAGACAUUCCACAAGAAACAUCAGUGGCUCAUACAAAAGGGCAAACAGGAAAAGAUCCAGCAGUCCCAGUUCCUGUACCAAGGGGCUUUGGCCAAGGUCAAUGUCAAACAUCGGUUGCCUCCCUCUUGGCUUCAUUGGCCACACAUCCAUACUAUGCUGCAACUCUAUCACAGCCUGAUCACGAUACUUCUGGCAGACCCUCUUCUAUGAUGACGUCAACGGUUGGCACUGUCCAGAUGAAGGGAGGAAUUCCGGCUGGUCUGGAUCUCAAUUCGGAAACAAACCUCAGGAAAAACAAGUUUGAGUCCAUCCGAAAGUCAUUGCCUUUCGAAGGCGACGAGUCGUUGGUUCAAAAUGAAUCGUUCCCUGAUAGAGUUUAUGAUGCUUACACCCAGAGGAAUCUUGACAUGACUGACACUACAGACAACACAGAGAGUGACGUAUCAUCGUUGACGGAAAAGGGAAGCCCAGCGCUGAAACUGGCCCCUAAACCGGCCCCGCGGAAUACGGAAGCGAGUCGGAAACGUUCCCACGACAAAGCUGAGCGAUCAAGUGAGACUACUGAAGAGUCGGAUAUUAACACUUCAACUAGUUUCACGUCUGGGAGUGAGGGGGACGUGUCGAUGUUGCGACAGGACGAACUUCGUAAACAGCUGGAAGAUAUACAGCGCCAGAAAGAGGAAAUCAUUCGGAGACAUCAGCAAGGACAGCAGAGUCUACGGAGUAAGGAAGAAGACUUGAAGGCUAAGCUGGCCUCCCUUGCUCCCGAGGAGUUGGCAAGGCAGUUGAGAGAUACUGCCAAACAACAGCAAUUGCAAGACAUGUACCCAACCAAUCUACGCCAGCCAUUUAACCUGUCUACGAUCAUGGAGGUGGAGACCCCAUCUUCCAGCGCGCGACCAUCGGACGGCCAUUCCAGCGACCCCAACGACCUCUCCCAGUACUCAAUGCAAUCCCAGAAGUCCAAGCGCUCGCUGGAUUACUCGCAGUCGAAGAGUUCCGAGAGGAUUCCAGAGGAGCCUGACAUGGAGAAUGUCCAUACACAGAUGGAGGCUCUGAGGAAAGGGAAGUCAGAGCACGUUGCAGAUUACAGUGGUCGAAAUAUCGAGGACGUGUUGGAGCGUGCCAAGCGCUUUGAGAGUGAAGUCUUGGAGAAGUUACGUAAGCAGACGAACGCAGUCCUGUUUGACAACGGAUUUGAUGACUCUUUGGAGUUCAGUGUGAGCAAGAAAGAGACGUCAAACCAGUCUCUGUCCACUGGAACCCUGACGGAUGAUUCUCUGUCUACUGGACCAUUAGAUGAAACCAGUCUGAGUAGGCAGACAGACACCAAAUCAGCCAACGGGAGUUUCCAGAAUUCUAAAUCCUGGGCAUCUGAACUCUCCCAGUUCAAAAUACCAGCAUCCGACCAAUCAGAAUUACCCUUCAAAGUCAUGCCUUCAAAAGUGCCCCAAGCCUCUACGGAUGACCAAAACACGAUGUUCACAACCAACCGGUUCAAGAUUUACUCCGCCAUCAAUCAAUCCGGUUCAGGAGCCUCGCUUUCAGAGUCGAGCUUAAUGGACGAGUCGGGGAGCAUGAAUGCCAACGACAUGAUGGUCCACUUAAAGACGCUGCAAGACCAGAUUCGACGGAGCGAGGAGGAACGCAUGAUGCUCACUCGAAAAUUGGCAGAACAGCAGAAGAACUCAGAAAAUCAGUCAAAAAGUUUGUCACAGUACUCUGGGGAAAGUAGCCACGAGGUGUCGCGGCCAUUUAUGAAUGGGCCCAGCAAGAAUGAUGGCAACAAGAGUGAUUUGUCCCAGUAUUCUUUAACAGAUAAAUCAGCUGACGUUUCCUUUUCGGGUAACUACCAAUCAGAAACAAGCAAAGACAGGUUUGAAUCACCCGUCCAAUCUGGAACAACCUGUAGGGAGCUCCCAGUAAGGCGUUCUCCGAUUGGUCACACUGCUACGGAGGCUCCCAAAGUUUUGACCAAUCAGAGGGGGGUUCAGGACCAGACUGGGACAGAGUUCUCAUUCAUGAUGUCCAGCAGUAAGCAGCAGCGAUCUACAUCCACUCCUGGUGACGACAGGAGGAAAUCUGCAAUGAAUGGAACAAAUCGAUCAGAACUUCCAUCAGAAAUCACCGUAGGAGACAAGACAGACGGAUCUUCUGUUAAUCCGCAAAGCAGAAACUUUGAUACCAAUUCGGCAACAGGUUCCCGCUCUUUCCACAUGAUUGGCGAGGACUCUUUUUCGAAUCGUAGAAGUUUUGAGACCAUGCUGCCCGAUGGCCAUGACAAUAGUGCUAACGGAGAACUGUCCCAGCAUUCAUUGAGUGCCGAGGAAAACAUACGGGAGAUCAAAAAGGAAUUCGAUAGACUCGACAAAGCUUCUCAGAAAAUUAAGACAUUCGCAGUUUCCAAGGAUGGGGAAUUGAUAUCAGAAAACAGCGAUUCAGACAAGUCUCACUCCGUUGAACAUUUGCAAGAGACUGACCUGACCAACUAUACGCUUUCCACUCAGGAUAACACUGAUAAGUUCACCAAAAGUGAAGACUUUCAAAGUAAACUGAGUGUCUAUACUCUUCCGGAAAGUUCUGCUGAAUCACGUCUUUCUCAGGUGUCUGAUUUUUCGCAUAAAAGUUCAGGGAAAAGCGACUCCUGGGGUUCGAACCCAAAGUCUUCCUCCUUCACAACGGUCACUUCAGAUACUUCUCUGAAUGGGACUGGGUUGUCGACUCUUAGCCAGUAUACUUUGGGCGACUCAAAAGCAGGUGACACACAGAAACCGGGUGUGGAGAAUGAAAACUAUAUGCAGGAAAAGUUUGCUAGUUUAGACAAUCUCAUUAGUGAGUCUAAAAACCUCAUAGCUAGGCAUAAACAGAUCAUUGACAAGGGUAAAAGCCUAGAGGAGGUGAAGCCCAAAUUUCCUGUUUCUGCACCACCGCCGUUACCAAAACAACCAGCCCCCUGGGAGAGCCUUGGAAAACCCCUUACUGGUGGAGAAAGUGGGUCAAAACAGAUUCAGAAUAAAGAAACUACUCUACCUACAAUAAAAGAGUCAAAGCCGGAAAAGAAGACUUCAUCUGCGCCAACCAAGUUUGAUCUUCAUGGUCCAAAACCAUUUUACAAGAGUGCCAAAUCUGCAGAGGAAAGUUCAAGGUCGUUGUCCAUGUAUACCAGUCAGGCUGGUUCCAUUUCAACUCCGGAAACAAGCAAAAACCAGUCUAACAAUGUUGAUGUGAACAGCCUUGAAUAUCUGGUUGAAAACAGUGCAGGGAUUACGGACGAGACAAUUCCAGACUUGAGUACGAUGACCUUGGGCUCGGAACUGUCAAUCACCGAGGCGUUCAGUAAGACGGGGGAUAUGAACGAGAGCAGUGACUCCCUCAACUCUUUCGAGAAACACGAGAUGUCGGAGGCAGAGUCAUCCCAUAAUUAUGAUGACGAUGGCCUCAGAGUGGAUUCUUCGAGGGCAGACAACCUUCAACAGAUUAUAGAGGCCAGGAAACACAACUUUAUGGUUCAGAGUGAACGGAGAGCAGCGGCUGCUAAAGAACGUGCACUGGGACAGCGUGUAUCCAAGGACAACGACCACCAGCUGUUCCGGGCUGUUCCUGUGAGCAUUGUCGCCGAGCCUACCCUGUCGAUGGCAGUCAGCUCCAGCAAGGCGGAAAGAGGGAGAUCUCCAACAAAGAGUCCCAGACGAGAAAAGCCGGCUGGUUCUAGUGACCGCAAAAGUAUAUUGGAGGCUAAAGAAAAAGAAGAAAAAGAUCAUAAACUGGCAACCACAGCUACGGCAGCGACAUCAGUGUCUUCAAAGUCGCUGAAUAGAGCUCUGCAGCCGAGAGGUUCUGAAAGUCCCCGACCAAAAGACAGCGGGACAGAUCCCAGCGAGUCAGGCUCUCGGGCCAAGGAUCAUGGGAAAUUCGGAUUCGGAAGUUCGUCGAAACUUUCCCUCCGAGAGUCAUCACCAUCUUCGAACUCAUCAUCAGAGGAACGAGCCCAUCAUGGGAGACUUUUUGGUGAGAUUCAGCAGUUUGGCGGGUCUGCUGGCCUUGCUGCAAGGCAGUCACCCUCGCCCUCACCACCGACAGCUAGAAAAACUCCGCCUAAAGUCAUGCCUAAACCAGUGCGGAAGAAGUCAGACGAAGCUCCACCAGUUUCGAAACCCAUUUCCCAAUCCAGCGCAGGUGCCUCGGGCCUUUCUAAGACUUUGUCAUCAUGGAAGAAGAGUAGAGCUGUGUCAGCUCCUCCUGUUUCCAGAUUGCUUGACUCCAGUCAACAGCACGAAACCCUCAAAAACUCAAUCAAAGUACUCCCAGAGGAGGCUCCAGUACCCCUGACUGAAGAGGAACGCAGGAAGAAAGCUGAGGACGAACUCUACGAGAAGAACAUCAGGUUGCAACACAAGCUCGACACAACUGACGAACAAGACACGUCAAACAACUCUGUCACAUCAUCAUCUGACAGGACAAGGGAUUCAAAGAAGAGGCCAGGAAACACAACUUUAUGGUUCAAAGUGAACGGAGAGCAGCAGCUGCUAAAGAACGUGCACUGGGACAGCGGUGUAUCCAAGGACAACGACCACCAGCUGUUCCGGGCUGUUCCUGUGAGCAUUGUCGCCGAGCCUACCCUGUCGAUGGCAGUCAGCUCCAGCAAGGCGGAAAGAGGGAGAUCUCCAACAAAGAGUCCCAGACGAGAAAAGCCGGCUGCUACGGCAGCGACAUCAGUGUCUUCAAAGUCGCUGAAUAGAGCUCUGCAGCCGAGAGGUUCUGAAAGUCCCCGACCAAAAGACAGCGGGACAGAUCCCAGCGAGUCAGGCUCUCGGGCCAAGGAUCAUGGGAAAUUCGGAUUCGGAAGUUCGUCGAAACUUUCCCUCCGAGAGUCAUCACCAUCUCCGAACUCAUCAUCAGAGGAACGAGCCCAUCAUGGGAGACUUUUUGGUGAGAUUCAGCAGUUUGGCGGGUCUGCUGGCCUUGCUGCAAGGCAGUCACUCUCGCCCUCACCACCGACAGCUAGAAAAACUCCGCCUAAAGUCAUGCCUAAACCAGUGCGGAAGAAGUCAGACGAAGCUCCACCAGUUUCAAAACCCAUUUCCCAUCCAGCGCAGUCACAGCACGAAACUCUCAAAAACUCAAUCAAAGUACUCCCAGAGGAGGCUCCAGUACCCCUGACUGAAGAGGAACGCAGGAAGAAAGCUGAGGACGAACUCUACGAGAAAAACAUCAGGAAUUACAAUCCGCGCUUGUUUAGGUUGCAACACAAGCUCGACACAACCGACGAACAAGACACGUCAAACAACUCUGUCACAUCAUCAUCUGACAGGACAAGGGAUUCAAAGAAGGAGACGGAUGGAGAGCAUCAUAUAAGAAUGUCCCAAUUUUCAUCUCAAAAUAAACGCCUCAUGGCCUUAAUAUGUAAGUAUGCUCACAUGGUUUUCCAAAUGUACUACAUAUUGGUCAAGGGGUGUGUUCCGAAAUAUAUUUAUUUGUAAGAUUUGCAAAAUAUGGUUCAGCUUUCACAUUAUUCUAGAUCCCAUGGUAAAAUCACAUUUUUUCAGUCAUUUUUCAUUUUUUAAGCACCAUAUGGUGUUUUCAUGUAUAAUAUAUUUGUCAUUUUCUAACCUGUAAAAUGUUUCUUACUGUAUGGUGUGAAUAAUUUUCAGCUUUUAUU